ACCCACAAACCAAACAUCUUCUUCUCCUUCUAUUCUCGUAUUCUUCGAUCUCUUUUAUACCAUCCAUUAAUAAUGGCUGUUUUCACAUUCGAUGACCAAACCACUUCACCUGUAGCUCCUGCUACCCUUUACCAAGCUCUUGUGAAAGACGCCGACAACAUCGUACCAAAGGCGGUUGAUUCCUUCAAGAGUGUUGAAAUCGUUGAGGGCAACGGUGGCCCCGGAACCAUCAAGAAAAUCUCUUUCUUUGAGGAUGGGGAGACAAAGUUUGUGUUGCACAAAAUAGAAACAAUAGACGAGGCAAACUUGGGAUACAGCUACAGCAUUGUUGGAGGUGCUGCUUUGCCAGACACUGCAGAGAAGAUCACAAUCGACACUAAACUCAGUGAUGGCCCCAACGAAGGCUCAGUGGUAAAGCUGAGUAUAAAAUAUCACAGCAAAGGAGAUGCACCACCUAAUGAAAAUGAGCUCAAAGCUGGCAAAGCCAAGAGUGAUGCUCUUUUCAAGGUCAUCGAGGCUUACCUUUUGGCCAAUGCUUGAUCGGAACUUGAGUCAUUAUCCACAUCUUUCCUUAUAUUAUAUUAUAUGCAAGACUACCUUAAGUUCAUUUUCAAUGUAAUGGUGUUUCCUUUCUUUUCGCCAUUGAUGGCAAA